GGUGUACUAUUUGCUGUCAACAGUCAUCAUUCAUCACAAAAAAUAUAAUUAUUGUGAUAAAGGAUAAAGUUUGCUCUUUGAAAUUAAAAUGAUUAUCAGACACGGUAAAACAUAGUUCAAAACUUUUGACUCUUUAGAAAACAAAAUAAUGCGAAAGCCAACGAAAUUACCAAAAUAAGACCCAAUUCCAGCUGAAAAAUCAUGGGCUGUGUUAGCAGUAAAACAGAUAUAAACGACCGACACCCGAAUAUCUUUCAAGUAACAAACGUAAAUGACCUGGGAAGGCCUAUCAGCCCUGGAAAAUUACAGGUCACUGAAACGGAGCUAGUAUUUUACCAAAGAGGCAAAAAGCCAACCAAGUGGCCUUUGAGGUCACUCCGCAAGUAUGGGUUUGAUACCGAAGUGUUCAGUUUUGAAUGUGGCAGAAGGUGUCCUACUGGUCACGGUAUAUACGCUUUCAAAUGUAAAAAAGCAGAACAACUAUUCAACAUUGUCCAACAUCACAUAACAGGUAACAUCAAUGACGAAGUCAAUGUUAGUAGUACUGCAGAAUUUUCAACAAAUGGCCCUCCCAUCAUUACGCGACGGCCUAAUACUGUUUUUCAGACUGAAGGAUAUUUAAACCCCAUUGUAGCACCUGCACCUACACGGCCAUUUACAAUGAUAAGUAGGCCUGGUUCGGUAAGCAGCAAUGGACCUUUAAGUCCUACAGCAAUAUCACCUCCUCCUGAUCUUCCUGUCGAACAUAAUAACAACAAAAGGAGUAGUUUAGUUCCUGAACCAUCCUACACUAAUACUAGUGUUGUUGAAAACGGAUCAAUUCAGUUUCAGUAUGCGAACAUGGCCCCCAGUGAGCCUACUCUAGAAAGUUCUUGCCAUGUUUAUAUGAACGUAGAUACAAAUUGUACCAAAGAUUUACAUGACUUAGCAGAAGAAGUUGAAGAAAGACAUUGUUAUGCAAAUAUUGAUAAUAGCGAUAUUGAAACCUUACGUCCACUACCUGCAAGUAUACCUCCAACUCCAACAACUCUUUAUUGUGACUUGGAGAACAUUGGUAUUCGAGAAGUGAACUAUGCAGAAUUAGAUUUGAAUGCGAAAGAAUCUGUAGUUCCUCUUGCUGCUCCAGAGACUCCUACAGUUGAAAAAAAGAGCUAUGCGACCAUAGAUUUCCAGAAAACAACAGCUCUCUCACAAUCAAUAAAUCCUAGAAUGACUGUAGAAGAAGGAAUAAGGAAAACCAGACACAACUCAACAAUACAUUACAACAAUUCAUUGAGUGAUUGAGACAUCGAAACUAAACUUUGAUUAAGAAUAUAAUUGCAGAAAUUACUCAAUAAGGUAGGUUUUCUUAGAAUCCGUAAAUAUCACAAAUCUGGUAAAGCUAUCAGCAUAUGGUAGAGAUCUAUUACCAACCUUAUCAGAUGUGUCAUACCCAAUAUUCUUGUAAUUUUGGGAAAAAUUUUACUUCA